CGCGCGUGGCAAUCCCACCAGAAACCCGAUUCGAAGGAAGCAGCGACGGAUGCCCCGCCGCCUCGACGUCCUGUGGCCGGAGCGCAAUGCGGUCGUCGACUACGAGAGCCCAGCGUACCUCUUGGGCUGGCAUCUUCAGAGUAACCUCGUCUGCGUUGCGGCCAUCGUGCCCGUGUCCCGCUAUGCGCUGCCCGUGCUGCAAAGCGAGGUCGACAAGUGGUCAGCCGACCUCCAGCGCCGCAGUAAGACCGAGGCUGCGUAUGCAGUGACGCCCAAGCCCGCGCUCAUGGUGCUCGGCGAAGUGCGCCCUGCCGCCAUGGCCGACGAGACGACCACGUCGGACGCGACUUCUUCGUUGCGCCAGCGCGGCAAGUCCAGUGGCGCCAAGCCACUGCACCUCAAGAGUCUGUGGCUCAGCGUUGUCUGGGACGGCAACAAGACACCGGUCCUCAACGUUGUCCAUGAGCACGGACAGGUUGUCGCGUGCGAGCUCUGCCACGUCAUUCUGUACGACGCAUCGUUUCCGUGCCGGUUCCGCCACUUUGUCAUCAAGAAGCGCCAACGACAGAGCGAUGACGAGUCGAUGGACACGCCGUUCCAGCAUGCCAUCGCGCAGCUCAACGAUGCGCACUUGGUGCAGGAGCGCUUCCUCGGCCUCGCGCCCCGCUCGUCCUACGUCGGUCGCUUCAAAGCGCUCGUGCUCUGGCCGUUCCUCCUCUUCUUUGUGCUCUGUCGGCCGCUUCUCAAUGCGAUUGCUUGGGUGCUCAACACGCCUGUGCCGCAGCGGUUUCCGGUCGUCAAAGGUCGCUCCAUCAAGUCGUUCUCGCUCUUUUUCCGGCUCUUGAGCCGCCGCGUGAUCCUCCUCGCCAACAUCACCGAGCAGUGCAUCAAGUUCAACCACAUGCAGCACUCGGUGCACCCGUUCCAUCCUUUGGACAACCGAUACGCCGAGUUUGUGAGCGACCUCUUCCUGCUCGUGCUCGACUUUAUUGCGGGCUACUACUACGGGCAUCUCGUGCCGCUAGCGAUAUCGUAUUUCCAGUCGUCCUGCAGCGGCCACUUUAAUGUGCUCAAGUCCCAAGUCACGUGGCUCAUCGACUCGCCCGCGGGUUUCAAGAUCAACGUGGCCCUGGCUUCGAUCCUCGGCAAGGGCGUCCACCUCAUGGUCGACGUCGCGCAAUAUGCGAUCGAGUCGGUGACACCGUUCAUGUCGACGCUGCUUCAGGUUGCUGCGUUUGCAAGCUUGUUUGGCUUGACGGUCCAGCUGGGCCUUCUCUACGACACGAUCGAGUACCUCACGCUGCAGACGUACUACUUGUACCUCUACUUUUCCAAGCUGCACCGCGUCCAGUUUGACUUGCUCUCGUCGCUAUGGAAACUCUUUCUCGGAAAAAAGAAGAACGUUCUGCGCAACCGCGUCGAUUCGUGCGAGUACGACGUCAACCAGCUUUUGAUUGGCACGCUUCUCUUUACGAUCCUCUUCUUCGUCGUCGCGACCAACUCGGUCUUUUACCUCUACUUUUGCCUCGCGCGCUUUGUCGUGCUGUGCCUCCAGACGUGCGUGUGGUGCCCAAUCGUCUUCUGCCACGUCGUCCCGCUCUACUCGAUCAGUCUCUGGCUCGAAGACGCCUUCCACUUCCCCAUGGACGUCUACCUCCAGCCGCUCUCGCACGCCCGCGCGCUCUCGAUCUCGUUUCCGAAUGUGCACACCAAAGACUGCUUUGUCGGCGACGACUUUGACGCGACCGAUGCGAGCCGCAAGGGCAGCGACACCAAGCCCAUCAGCACCGCCGUCUUCACCUUGCACCCGCUCGCCUACUCGUUCGGCGCGCUCUUUACGCGGUGCAGCGCGUACGUGGGUGCGCUCGGGUCGCACUACACGGUGGCCAAGUUUCUGCGGUGCUUCUUCCUCGGCGAGUACAUUCCAGCGCUGCCGUUCGUCAAGACGCCGCUGUGCCACCUUCCGUUUCCGCCAUCCACAGCGUUCAUGUCGACGAAAGAACUAUGGGACGGUCUGCGUGCAUGUCAGUGGUAGGACCCAUUGCCACGCUCCGUGCGUCCAUAAGACCAACGCAGUAUUGUCAAGCGAUGUUCCGAAAGCUCGAGUCUUCGCUGCGCUUAGCCCACACCAAACUACGUGGCACUCGGAGAGGCGUGCAAUUGAAACGCAACCAGCAAAUCACAACUGCUACCUCUUCUUCUGCGCAAUGUGGGGAGCGCACCACGUCCUCCAAGUAUAUGGGCCUACGCUUCGACUAGAGCACUCGGCGGACGCAAAGGUAGCAACUAAGACCGACUGACGAGCACUGGAC